UACUAAGCCUCCUCAUGUCAGACGUGAGACCGGAAACCUCUUGUCCCACUUUGAUGAGGUAUAAAAUAAGCAACACUCCACUGAUGAGGCUAUAGUUUGGUGUAAAGAUUGGUACUCGACAGACUUCCAAUAUCACGAACAACGAACAUGAGGUCUUUGCAAACAUCCGCCGUGUUGCGCUUGUUUUUCCUGGCAGUUAUGAUGUAUUCGACAUCAGCACAAAUCUCAUCCGCUGAAAAUGAUCCAGAAGCAAAAAGCCAAUCCCUAUCGGUCGAUCCAAGAUUAUCUAAGAAAACCGCCUUAGCAAGUCCACACUAUGGUGGAGGGUAUGGCGGAGGUUACGGCGGAGGUUACGGCGGGGGCUACGGCGGGGGCUACGGCGGGGGCUACGGCGGGGGCUACGGCGGAGGCUACGGUGGAGGCUACGGGGGAGGAUACGGAGGCGGAGGUGGCUCUAUUCCUCCAGUAUACCCACCGUAUCCCGGAGGAAGUUAUGGUGGCGGCGGAAGUUAUCCAGGCUAUGGUUACACUGGAUAUGGUUACUAUCCGCCCAUAAACAAUAAUGGAAAUGGAUAUGGAUACAGCGGUUAUGGUGGUUACGGCACUUACGGUCCCGGUUAUAAUACCGGCUACAACGGAUAUGGCCUCGUAGGAAGCGGCACGUACGGUAUUGGCUAUGGCGUUAACGGUGUCAGCGUGGGGGUUGCCGGCUGAAGAGGCGCUCGAUUUGUUCAAAAUUUGUAUCCAUAAUCAUAGUUGUAUCCAUAAUCACACACCAAUAUAUUAAGACUCCAAAAUCA